AUGUUUUUUUUUAAAUUAUUUUUAAUUUCCCCGUUUAUUUCAAUUAAACUUUUAGCUGAUGGUGGAGACAUUUGGAUGAUUCAAGAUUUUGAGGGCCCAAAUGGAUUCAGUGGGCGUAAAAAUGAAACAGUUAAUAUUGAGGAUGUUUUGAGGGCCGUACAUGGAAUUGAAGUUGAAUAUGUUGAGCCAUCAAAAGAAAAUAAAAAUUUCGUUCCAAGUGUAGAGAGAAGUGGGGAAAUUCGUUUUAAACAAGAUAUUGAUAUUAGAGGAGGUGGAAAACGUCUUAGAAAAUGUAAGGGAGAGAAAAUGUAUAUUUGGGAUUUUGCCCAUAGAAUGCGCCGAAUUGAUAAACGAUGGAUGAUUACUGGAGAAAAGCCAAAACCUGAACAUAUUUUUCGUGUUCUGAUUGAUGGGCAUGCUAUGUUGGCACUUUUAAACGAUGCUGGGGAUGAAAUAGCACGAUGUAAGUUUCUUUAA